CGGCGCUGCAAGCGAAGCCCUGCGCCUGGAUCGUCAUGCGAAGGCGAUAACAGCGCAGAUCCCCAGAUCUCGUCUCUUAGACGUCACAACUACUUUCCUCUAUCCUCUAAUUUUUGAAAAUCAACUAUCUCUCCAACGCUUCACUAUACCAUACCCCACGGCUGUCCACAUACACAAUGUCACUCUCCUACUUCAACGUCAAAAAGUUCCGCCGCCAAUCCAAGCAGGCGGAACCAACAGAAGAAACUGUCGAAAAGGCCGUCGAUGCCGCAGUCGGAAAGCCUGCGUCACCACCCGCGCCCGCCGUGAGCACGCCCAGCGAAGAGCCCGCCGCCUCGCCCGUCCUCGACGAAGAAGACGAGAAGUUCAUGGCGCGUUUAGCUGCCAUCGCACAGGAGCCGGAGGGCGAGCGCCCGCCGCUGCCCACGCGCCCAGCCGAAGUGGUUGAGAAUGGUGAGAAGAAGGAGGGAAGGGAUGCCCAAGAGGCGCUAAUGGACGGCGCAGACAAGGUGCCGCUCCCCAUGAGUCCGCCCGAGGUCACCGUGUCGGAUGCCGACAAGCAGGGCCUGGGUAGGAAGAAGAGCGUCAUGGGAUACUUUGCACUGGCCCAGUCACGCUUCAAGAAGGCGACCGAGAAGAAAGACGCGGAUGGUAAGGCCAAGGAGAAAGACCAGAAGAAGGCCGCCACCAUCACGCCCAAGGAUAAGCAAAGAGCCGCCGACGAUCUCCUCUCUGCCGCUGAGUCCGCCAAGACCGAAGAGCAAAAAGAGAAGGAGAAGGAGCAACAAGACCUCACCGCUAUCCUUGACGACCUCAACCUCUCCGCCGUUAACAACCGCGUCUUCUCCUUCAGCAAAGAGUCCGAGGAGCUCUUCGGAAAGUUCACCCUCGUCCUCAAGGACAUCGUCAACGGCGUUCCAACUGCCUACGAUGACCUCGAGAAGCUCUUCACAGAGUACGACGCCAACCUCAAGAAGAUGUACGGCAACCUCCCGCCCUUCCUGCAGAACAUGGUCAAGAGUCUGCCCGCCAAGAUGACGGCCGCCCUCGGCCCCGAGAUCCUCGCCGCAACCGCCGAGAAACCCGGCUUCGACGCAAAGCAGAAGCAGACCUGGCAAGACGGCGCGAAAAGCUACGCCAAGAAGAAGGCGAAGCAGAAGGCGAAGAUCCCUAGUCUGAAGAGCCUGCUGUCAGCCGAAGGCGCGGUAGCCACCAUGCUCCGCAGCAUCCUGAACUUCCUCAAGCUGCGCUUCCCUGCCAUCCUAACCGGCACAAACAUCCUCAUGAGUCUGGCCGUGUGCCUCCUCCUCUUCGUCUUCUGGUACUGCCACAAGCGCGGUCGCGAAACCCGCCUCGAGAAGCAAGAGCGCGAGAAGAACAACCUCACCGCCGAAGGCCCUGAAGGUGGUGAUUCCGCCCUUGCCAGCAGUGCCUCUUCUAUCGCCUCGGACGCAGACUCCAUCUUCGCUUCCAACGCUAAUCUCCGCGGCCACGGUAACGGCGAGUCGAGCAGGCAGGGCGCGCUGCAGGAGGAGACGCAGCCGCCGCUCGUGAUCUCGGAUGAGCGUGGGCAGGGGCUGGAGCAGGAGAAGCCGCGCGCGACGGUAGCGGAUCUGCCCAGUGUGAAGGAUUUGCCUGAUCCGGCGGUCGCGAGGUAAGGAGGGUGGAUGUGGCGGUUUGAUUUGGUUUCAGAAUGAUAUCCCUUUUUGUUAGUAGCGAUUUUAAUGUGUAAUGAGUAUAUCAAUGAUCACCAUGUUCUG